UAUUUUUUCCCCUUUUCAAUGAUAGCUUACCAUAGAGAUAUAGAAGGUCCAAUGUACUGGAAUAUGGAAUCAGUACUCGUGCAUCUUAACCCAUAGUUCAGCAUACCUAAAAAGAGUUAAGUAAGAUAGGUAUAAAUGCUGGUAUACUUUGAUCUUCGAAAACUGUCAGAGAUUUCAAAAGGUGUUGGAAAAACAACAUUAGUGCAAAAGUUAGUGAAUAACUUGAAAGAUGCUGGUGUACCUUGUAAUGGAUUCUAUACCCAGGAAGUGCGACAAGGAGGCAAAAGGAUUGGUUUUGAUGUGGUGACCCUUGACGGCAAGAAUGGGAUACUUUCCAGGGUCAAAACACAAGAUGGCAACAGAAGGGAGUGCAGAGUUGGUCAGUAUGUGGUCGACGUCCCAGCAUUUGAAUCCCUUGUUCUGCCUCUUCUGCGAACUCAGGCUUCUACCCCUCAAGUCUUAGUAUUGGAUGAAAUAGGAAAGAUGGAAAUGUUUAGCCAAGGAUUUGUAACAAGUGUACAAAGGAUUCUUGCUCAACCUGACUCCACAGUUCUCACCACAAUUCCAAUUCCGAAAGGAAAACCAAUUCCUUUGGUAGAACAAAUAAGAAGCAACAAGAAUGUGUUCCUAGUAAAUCUCUCAAAGUCGAACAGGGAUGAUGAGAGUCUCAAGGAGGAGAUUGUAAAAACUCUGAUGUCAUCGUUGGGAAAGUGAUGUAUGGAACUUUAACCAGGAAUAUAUUAUAUCAAGGCCUUUAAGUGAAAAGAAAUAAACCUAUGACGAAGUUAUAAAAAGAAGAUAUAUGUUAUCUUAGCAAUUGAA